AAUCAAUUUGACUGUGAUAAGUUUUACAUCACGAAACAAGGAAGUGAACUUUCCGUCCUGAACUUUGCCAGGUUUAAAUUUUUAUACAGCCUUUGCACUUCCUUCCACACUCUUAAAAUUCACUGAGCUCAAAAGAAUAUAUACUGUACCAUAAGUGUCAGAAAACAGAAACCUCAUACAAUACUGUGUUACAAAAUAAUAUAGUCUUCAUAUGCAACAUAGUAUCAUAUACUUUCUACAAAGAAAAAAAAAAUAGUAUAAAAAGAGAAAAGAAAGAGAGAGCGAGAGACUUGUGCCUCCCAGCUGAUUGCGCUCGCUGUGACCACUCAGUCUCGCCACGCUCGCUGAGUGGCCCCAGUCCGAUGACGAAACCUAUGCAUCCAAUGGUGUCUAGUUUUCGGCCUCCAACAGGGAUGCGUUGUGACUCCAGACUGCUGUCGUCCUUCGUCACAGGAGCUCUCACAGCCACAACUGUGACCGUAUUUCUCCUCCGCGUGGUACCCGGGACGUACGUGGUGCUGCCGUGCGACCCGACCAUCACCCAUAGGCCCGUGCUGCUCGACGAGUACCUCGACAGCCUCGACAAGCACCAGGAGGUCUUCCCGGAGGAGUCCCUGAUCGACACUCGACCCCUUCACGUCCCUUUCUUCGACGGGCAGCAGCUGAAAGAACGACAGAAUCGACCGCCGAAACAGGAACAUCUCCAACGCACCAGUGAAGGUGACGAGGGAAAGAACACACUAAAAGAGGAGGCGAAGGAGACAAAGCAAGAACGAACCGAAGACGAGAAAACCAAGAAGAAGAAGAAAAAGGAAGUGGGAGAAGGAGAUGUAGCGGACCAGCACCGGCAGAAAGAGAAACGUCUUCAGCAGGAACUUCAGCAGAUGAAACAAAAGCUCCAGCAGGACCUAGAGGAGAGGGAGCAGAAGGAGAGGAAGCAGAUCCGCAAGCACCAGCAGGAGAUUCAGCUCUACCUGCAAGAGGAAGAAAGGGAAAGGAAGCAUAAACAGGCAAGAGAGGCGGAGGACAUGAUGAAGAGGGAGAGGGCAAAACUUCAGAGACAAAUGGAGAAAAAGAGAGAAAGGCGAGAAACAGAGAAUGAGGAGAAGCUCGACGGUGAUAAACCCAGGAAGGAAAGAAAGACAGAAGAACCAGAGGGGAAGAAGAAAAAGGAUAAUGACGUGGAUAACGAUAAAAGCGAGGCGAAUGAGAAAAGCGAAAAGCAGGGGAAAGGGAAUAUCCUUCGCCCUCCUCUUGAUUCCAUCAUUCUCCGUUCUCUCUUAUCUCUCGGCCUCGUGGGGGAGAGACAACGCCAACACACGAAGACGGAGGGAAAAGAGAGAGACAACAAGGAUCACCGGACGAGCCAAAAAGACCCGCGAGAAAGGGAGAGAAAAAGAAAGCGACGCACCAGCAGCCAUUCUUCGAGAAUCACCAGACCCAAGACCAAGAGAUUCUUCAGGGUUUUCCGGAAGCGGGAACUCCUCUCUCGCGCCGGGUCACGUGACUCCCUCGCAACACCCGAAACUUAAUGGGUAUGA